UGCCUUGAUCACUUACAAUUUAUCUUCUGCUUUUCUGCUUCUUCGCUUUUAAGAAAAAAAAUUUAAAUAUAUUUUUUGACCCAGUUGGUGCUGUUUUGUUGAGAAUAUACUUGAUCUAUAUAUUCACAUAAAAUUUUGGGCCCUCUACCCAUUGUACACAAUUUGAGUUUCAGUUGGAUUUUCUAACUAAAACAUGGAAUUAUAGCGGAUGAGAGAAAUCAAGUAUGCAGGCCAACAUUUGAGAGUAAAAACUUCCAUGCGUGUGUUUUGUAUUCCUCACGGGGAACAAUAUCUAUGAAAUUAAAUGUGAAAGAUAUGGAAUAGAUAUAUGAAUAGAUUAUAGUUGAAUUUGGAUGUUGAUUCACAAAUCUCUUUUGUUUCCCUAGUAUCCGGGCUCACUGCCAGUACAGAAACUGCUCAAAGUAAAGUUUCCAUUGGAGUAGGAUUGCUGGUUGGGUCAACUGUUUUCUGCCUCUCAGCUGUGUGGGGAUUAUGUGUUUAUGCUGGCAAGUGUGAUCUUGAGGGUACGGAAGGGCCAAGAUACAAAAGACACAAAAAAGUUCAGCCUAUUAGGUUCUGGUGUGAGUACCAAAAUUUGGACUACUUAUGCUGCAAGGAUUAUGGUCAUAUCUAUCAUCCCAGUUGUUGUUUCUCAAAUACCUCAAGUUCUCCACUUAAGUUCAGGUGGCCAACACCUUGCAAUUUUAAUUGCUCUCAUUGUCUCCGUGAUACUUACUAUAGCUUAUAUCUUCUAUGAGUUGUUGGUGCAGUUCUACUGUGAACCUUUGAUACAGACAAGCCGUAUCAAUUAUGUAGAGCACAAGCAAGCUAUGUCAGGACUCUUAAUAUACUUAGAUUCUUGUGCACAAGGAGAGCUCCUAACCAGCAAUGGUGAACCUAAUAAAGAUGUUCUCGAAAGUUGUUUAAGACCCUUGAUACUGAUAAAAGUGGAUUUGUUUCACCUGAUGAAAUGAGAACACUGAUUAUCAAAAUCCAAUCAGCAGAGACUGGUUCGAGUAGGAAUCAUGAUCAAUUGGAUAACAUUAUGAAAGAGUUUGAUAGGUCUGGGGAUAAAUGCAUUGAUGUCACAGAGUUUAUCGCGCACAUAACAGAGUGGCUUAAUAAGGCAAAGUGUCCAAAGAAUGCUUUUCAUGAGCCUGGUCGCCAGUCAAUUAAGUACUCCUUUACGGGCAUACAAAAGGUAUAAGAUUCUUAACAACGAUUACUUCUCCUAGUAAUAGAUUAAUUAUUAUAAAGUUCACAAGUACAGGUGAUAAACCAAGAGCACUACAUGUUGGUGUCUGAGAAAAAUAAGAGGGACGAGGAUGUUAAAAGCCCCAAGUGGAUCUCCUUCAAAGCAGCAAUGAUGUUGUUGCUGGGAACUUGUAUCGCUGUUCUAGUUGCUGACCCUUUGGUAGAUGCUGUUGAUGAUUUCUCGGAAGCCACCAGCAUUCCAACCUUCUUUGUAUCUUUCAUUGUGUUGCCUUUAGCUACAAACAGUUGUGAAACAUUGUCAGCGAUCAAAAUGGCUCGCCAGAAGACCCAGAGAACAGUCUCAUCGACAUUGUCUGAGUUAUCUGUAACGGUAACACUGAAUAUCAGUUUUCCUGGCCAUUGUUUACAUCAAGGGAUUGUAUUGGGACUUCAGAUCUGAGGUGCUGGUUCUCGUUAUUGUUUGCAUUGUGAUGGGUGCUCUCACCAGCUUCCGCACCAUUUUGCCUCUUUGGACAUCGGUAGUAGCCGUCCUGCUU